AUGUCCAAAAACGACGAACUUUUGACUGAUGAUUAUGUCGCGGACCUCUUGUCGCAAGAGGCAAGCGACUGCUCCCUCAAAUAUUCAGCCAUGGGUAUGGAAGCAUAUCGCUCGAAUAAGAAACCUGCGAAUAUGAUGAAACCCAACACCCGGUUUUUACGACAUAUCAUAAAGGAUACCGACAAUCACAACAAGGCGCUAUUAGCCAAAGAGGCCGCCGAGUCCAAGGCACGACUCAAGGAUCUCGAGCGCACGGAAGAAAUCAAGCGGCGCAAGACAAACCCAAGUGUUCAUGACAUUCGACGGCGGCAGAUGGGCGAUAUUCAUGCCAUUCUAGGCGGCAAGAAACGGCCAAGAGACGAAGAUGAGGCUGGCCCUUCUUCAAGGAGAGAAUCGCGACGCGCCGACAAGGAUCGAAGGCAGGAACGCAAGCACGAACAGAGAUUAGACGACCUCUUCACAGACAAACGCAGUGAGCAGCGACAGCACGGUCGACUGUCGCGCGACGAUCGUCGUAACAUCGCGAUAGGACACGGAGCAGAGACAGAUACUCCGACGAAGAAGGACAUCACCGUCGAAGUCAUAAACGGAGAGACAGGUCUAGAUCACCUGGAAGCCGACGACGGUCUCGAUCGCCCAGAGAAUCUAAGAGAAGAGGAAGAAGAGGGAUCGGAUGCCAUGGAAGAUCUGAUCGGACCCGCACCACCCCCGAAAUACCGGGGACGAGGAACAGUGGGAGGGUCUUCGGGUAUCGAUCGACGGUUUUCAGACACAUACGACCCCAAGACUGACAUACAAAUGGACGAAGAUGAGGUUGGCAAUGACUGGGAUGAUGCUGUUGAGGCGUUUAGAGACCGCCAAAAGCUACGGCAAAAUCAGGAGCAACGGCUGAAAGACGCCGGAUUUGCAGACGAGCAAAUACAGCGUGCGAGUGGUGCAGAUGAAAAGUCUGCGGAAAAUGUGCAAUGGUCCAAGGCUGGGGAGAAAAGGGCUUGGGAUGUUGGCAAGGUGAUCGGGUCAGACGGAGUGGCCCAGCCAGAAGUUUAG